GGUGCGGACCCUCCAUACCGGAGCGCGAUGGCGUCCAACCCCGAACGGGGGUUGAUUCUGCUCACAGAACUGCAGGGGGACUCCCGAAGUCUUCCGUUUUCUGAGAAUGUGAGUGCUGUUCAAAAAUUAGACUUUUCAGAUACGAUGGUGCAGCGGAAAUUGGACGAUAUCAAGGAUCGAAUUAAGAGAGAAAUAAGGAAAGAACUGAAAAUCAAAGAAGGAGCUGAAAAUCUGAGGAAAGUCACAACAGAUAAAAAAAGCUUGGCUCAUGUAGACAACAUUUUGAAAAAAUCAAAUAAAAAAUUAGAAGAACUACAUCACGAGCUGCAGGAAUUAAAUGCACAUAGUGUUGUAUCAGAUCCAGAAGAUAUUACGGAUUGCCCGAGGACUCCAGAUAUUCCAAAUAGUGACCCUCGUUGUUCUACUAGCAACAAUAGAUCGAAGGCUCCCUUCAGAGAAAUAAGGAAAGAACUGAAAAUCAAAGAAGGAGCUGAAAAUCUGAGGAAAGUCACAACAGAUAAAAAAAGCUUGGCUUAUGUAGACAACAUUUUGAAAAAAUCAAAUAAAAAAUUAGAAGAACUACACCACGAGCUGCAGGAAUUAAAUGCACAUAUUGUUGUAUCAGAUCCAGAAGAGGUUACCUUUUUUAAUCCAGUUAUUGAAAGAAGACCAAAACUUCAAAAACAAAAGAAAAUUUUUUCAAAGCAACAAGGCAAAAGAUUUCUCAGAAUUCCUCAAAUGAAUAUUAAUAUUGCCACUUGGGGAAGGCCAGUAAGAAGAGUUAGUCCUACAGUAAAACAUUCUGGCACCUUCAGCCCUGAAGAUCCUGUGCCUACUACAGUGCCAGUGGUUGAAGUACACAUCCCUAAACUAGCACCUCCAGUUAGUGAUUCUACAGUAACCAAAUUGGACUUUGAUCUUGAGCCUGAACCUCCUCCAUCCCCACCACGAGCUUCUUCCCUUGGAGAAAUAGAUGAAUCUUCUGAAUUAAGAGUUUUGGAUACACCAGGACAGGAUUCAGAGACUGCUUUUGAUACUGAGAAUGACAGAAAUACUAUGCUUCCAAAAUCUCAAUCUGAAUACAAGCCUGAUACUCCUCAGUCAGGCCUAGAAUAUAGCGGUAUUCAAGAACUUGAGGAUAGAAGAUGUCAGCAAAGGUUUCAGUGUAAUCUACAAGAUUUCAGGUGUUAUGCUGUCUUGGGAAGAGGAAAUUUUGGAAAGGUGCUUUUAGCUGAAUAUAAACACACAAAUGAGAUGUUUGCUAUAAAAGCCUUAAAGAAAGGAGAUAUUGUGGCUCGACAUGAAGUAGACAGCCUGAUGUGUGAAAAAAGAAUUUUUGAAACUGUGAAUAGUGUAAGGCAUCCCUUUUUGGUGAACCUUUUUGCAUGUUUCCAAACCAAAGAGCAUGUUUGCUUUGUAAUGGAAUACGCUGCCGGUGGGGACUUAUUGAUGCACAUUAUUAAUACUGGUGUCUUUUCUGAACCAAGAGCUGUAUUUUAUGCUGCUUGUAUAGUUCUUGGGUUGCAGUAUUUACAUGAACACAAAAUUGCUCAUAGAGAUUUGAAAUUGGAAAACUUAUUGCUAGAUACAGAGGGCUUUGUGAAAAUUGCUGAUUUUGGUCUUUGCAAACAAGGAAUGGGAUAUGGAGAUAGAACAAGCACAUUUUGUGGCAAUGCUGAAUGUCUUGCCCCAGAAGUAUUAACAGAAACUUCUUAUACAAGGGCUGUAGAUUGGUGGGGCCUUGGCGUGCUUAUAUAUGAAAUGCUUGUUGGUAAGCCUCCCUUUCCUGGUGAUGAUGAAGAGAAAGUUUUUGACAGUAUUGUAAAUGAUGAAGUAAGGUAUCCAAGGUCCUUAUCUACAGAAGCCACUUCUAUAAUGAGAAGGCUGUUAAGAAGAAAUCCUGAGUUGCGCCUUGGGGCUAGCGAGAAAGAUGCAGCAGAUGUAAAAAAGCACCCAUUUUUCCAGCUAAUUGAUUGGCGCGCUCUGAUGGACAAAAAAGUAAAGCCACCAUUUAUACCUGCCAUAAAAGGACGAGAAGAUGUCAGUCAUUUUUCUGAUGAAUUUACCUCAAAAGCACCUAUUCUGACUCCACCUCAAGAACAAAGGAUACUUUCGGAAGAGGAGCAGGAAAUGUUCAGAGAUUUUGACUACACUGCUGAUUGGUGUUAAGUUGCUAGACUCUGCGAAACCAAGCUGACUGACUCCCAAGAAGACCUCUUAAAAAUAGCAACCCUUCAUUUGCUCUCUGUGCCACCAAUAGCUUCUGAAUUUUGUUUUGUUUUUUUUUUUCUUAAUUGAAACACGUGAAGAUUUGUUUAAAAGUACCAUUCUAAUACUUCUUCAAAAGUGGCUUCUCAUUGUACUUCAGUGUAAAUAUGAGCA